CGGGGCCUCUGCAGACCACAGGGGUCGGCACGGCACUGCUCUGUCCACAACCGCCUUCCUUCCUUCCGAGAUGACAUCCAGCCUCUCGCCAUUCCGACGGUGCUGCUGUCAGCAAUUAGGACGGAUUGGGUAUCCGAGCCCUCAGUCAUGGAGGGUAUCUGCCAAUCUGAAGCAUUCACUGAGCUUCAGUCAGAACAGAUUCGUGGGAACAACCCCUGCUUCUUCUACCCCGCCGAAAACCGAGCCGCAAGCGCCCCCAAAAUCACCUAGCUCAUCGUUUCCCGAAUCCAUCAAAAGCAGUCGACCGAAUCGGAACGUGGUUUCGUUGGCUCUGUUCAUUGCCACCGGUGUCGGAAUCUACUUCUACUUCAAAAAUGAGAAGCUCAGGGUCGAGGAGAAGAAGCGCGAAGAAAGGGCUAGCAAGUCCGUUGGAAAAGUUAAAAUCGGCGGCCCGUUCGAGCUCGUCAACGCUCAGGAUGGAAAACCUUUCACCGAAAAAGAUCUCCUUGGGAAGUUCAGCCUGAUUUACUUCGGAUUUACAAAUUGUCCUGAUAUUUGUCCUGAGGAACUUGACAAGAUGUGUGCAGUAAUCAAUAGAAUUGCUGAAGACAAGAACAUCAAGAUUCCAAUCCAACCGAUCUUCAUCUCUGUCGAUCCCAACCGGGAUACCCCGGAAGCAAUAUCCAAAUACCUUGAAGAAUUUGAUCACAAAAUGAUCGGCUUGACUGGCGACUACGACUCGAUCAAAAAGAUGUGCAAAGUCUAUCGGGUGUAUUUCUCCACCCCACCGAAUGUGAAACCUGGCGAGGAUUAUCUAGUCGAUCAUUCAAUAUUCUUUUAUCUCAUGGCGCCGAAUGGAAAUUUUGUCGAUGCUUUUGGAAAGAUCUUCAGCAAAGAUGAAGUGUACACGAAAGUUCACUCAUACAUGACUGAGUGGGCAAGAGGUAAACGUUAUGGCGAAGAGGACAUCUAAGACCAAUUUUAAAAGAUACGCCUCGCAGAUAUACACCCAUUCUCAAGUUUUAUCGUAACUGCCCCACCACACUCCCGGUGACUUAGGUCAUACUAGAUCUAGCUUUGCCUCCUUUCUGUGUACUUGUUACUUCAUAUUGUGGAAUAA